AGAGUGAGAAAUCAAGCUUAUAGAAUGUAGGGGCUCGUCUUAAUGAAUUUUUCAUUUUUACAACACAUAUAAAAAUUUCCUUAUUUAAAAUGUGAUACAAAUGUCGAUCGUAUUAACGAGACGCACUUUUCUAUAUUCUAUAUCAUGAUUGGUCAGCAUCACGGCAAAAUAUCUAAAAACACGUUCUUCGUAUAAUUAUGAUCACGUUGUGAUUACGUGUGAUAUAGAGAUGACCGGUCUUAUUCAUAUAUAAAAAGGAGAAGAAAUCGAAAAGAAAGAAUAUUCAACGAUCAAACAUUGCACGAUGAAGGACGAUUUUAAGUAUUUGUCAGGAUUUGGUAAUGAAUUUUCGAGCGAAGAUGAACGUUGUCCCGGUGCCUUACCCAUUGGCCAAAAUAAUCCUCAAAAAUGUCCUUAUGGUCUUUACGCAGAACAAUUAUCCGGCACCUCAUUUACUACUCCUCGCUCUCGGAAUAAACGUUCAUGGCUGUAUCGAAUUAAACCGUCGGUCAUUCAUAAACCCUUUUUACCGAUCAGUAAUUCUCGUCUCGAUUAUAAAUGGGAUGCUAUAGAUCCAACACCAAAUCAGUUACGAUGGAAACCGUUCGAUGUGCCGACCAGACAGGCCGCAGAAGUGGAUUUUGUCAAUGGUUUGCACACGAUAUGUGGAGCUGGUGAUUUUCGUACUCGUCAAGGCAUCGCAAUACAUAUGUAUCUUUGCAAUGCUUCCAUGAAAAAUAAGGCUUUGUAUAAUGCCGAUGGAGAUUUCCUCAUUGUGCCCCAGCUUGGCGCAUUAGUGAUAACAACAGAAUUUGGCAAGAUCCGUUGUGAGCCAAAUGAGAUCUGUGUGAUCCAGCAAGGUAUGCGAUUUAAUGUUACUGUCUUUGGACCAUCCCGAGGAUACAUUUUAGAGGUGUUUGACGAUCAUUUUCAGUUGCCAGAUUUGGGACCAAUAGGAGCAAAUGGAUUAGCGAAUCCACGGGAUUUUCAAACGCCAGUCGCAUGGUAUGAAGAUCGUGAAAUCGAUUACGAGAUCGUAUCUAAAUACCAUGGUAAAUUAUUUCUCGCCCAACAAAACCAUAGUCCAUUCGAUGUAGUAGCUUGGCAUGGAAAUUACGUUCCAUUCAAAUAUGAUCUUAGCAAAUUUAUGGUUGUUAAUUCGGUUUCCUUUGAUCACUGUGAUCCUUCAAUAUUCACUGUUCUAACAUGUCCCUCGGGAAAAGUUGGUACAGCAGCUGCUGAUUUUGUUAUAUUUCCACCUCGCUGGUCCGUACAAGAACAUACUUUUCGGCCUCCAUAUUAUCAUCGAAAUUGUAUGAGCGAAUUUAUGGGUUUAAUAAAAGGACAAUACGAAGCUAAAGAGGAGAGUUUCCAUCCAGGCGGAGCAUCGUUGCACUCGAUUAUGACACCACAUGGACCGGACACACAUUGUUUCGAAAAUGCUUCCAACAACGAACUUAAAUCUGAACGCAUCGCGGAUGGAACUCAAGCUUUUAUGUUCGAAACAGCGUAUAGUUUAGCAGUAACUGAAUGGGCUGCUAAUCUUUCCAAUAAACUAGAUAACGAUUAUUACAAAUGUUGGCAAUCCCUUAAAAAGCAUUUUGUUUUGAAUACUAUAAAUACAUUAUAAUAUAUAUGUAAAUAUAUUUUUUUUUAUAUCUUA